UGGACGGACCGCAGCAAAAGUAUUGUCGUUCAUUUUCCCACGGUUUCCACUGUGUGGACUGGCUCAACUUGGUGGUUGAUAAUCCCGCCAAGCGCGGCCACAGCCGCGAAUCCUUCGACGGUGGUGCCGAACGAAACCUUCUCUCCACCUCGUUUGCGAAGUUACAUCGACCGGUGAGUCAAAAUGCAGGCUCUUCGCGUUCCCAACGUCCCUCUUUAACCUUCCCGGCCCCCGUCGCUCGUUCCUGGAGUCCAAAAAUUCCGCUAUUCGUUCGCUUUCCCUGUCCGUCAUUUUCGCUCGCUACACAUCGCAGGAUGUCGAACCCGAACGGCUUCCGCACCGUGCUACUCCUGACGCCACCGCUCUUCCUCCUUCUCCCGAUUUCGGUUCUGGCUUUCGUUCUCGAGCGCAUCACCCAAGCCCUCCUCCUCGCGCAGACGCUUCGCAGUUGGCGCAACGGCGCGCAGGAAAUUACCGUCUACGGCCCCACUGCGAACUCCACAGACCCCUCCGACUAUGACUACACCGACGUCUCCCUAGGCAUAAACUAUGCACCCACUGCUGCAAUACUCGGCGUCAGCGUUGUCGCGUUCGUUGUGAGCAUUCUAGGCGUGUGCGGGAUAUGGGAGCUGAGGAGGAUGGAGGGCUCCGCGAGAACACAGAGGGUGUGGAGUUGGUUAUUGCUGGUUGCUCAUGUCGCCGUGGUGGGCUUAAGUGUCGGUGUGCUGGCGUAUGCGAGUGCGCUGCAAGGGAGCGAGAAGAGCUGGAAGAGCUAUGCGGAUGUGGGGAAGGAAGGGCAGAGGUUCACAAGGGAGACAUGGGUGUGUCAGAUCGACGAGUUCUACCCCAAGCAGGAUUGGGCGAGGCCGGCUUGUGGGCUUGCGAAAGCGACGAGACUCAUUCUGAUUCCCCUGGCUGUAUCCGCGGCUCUGGUAAUACUGGGCACGUGGAUUCUCGUACGUGACCGGGGAGGUGCGGCGUGGUUGGUUGGGGGUAAGGGUCGCUAUGGGGCCUUCAAGAGCGUUUAUGAGCUGCAGCCUCCUGCACCGGCAUAUCCGUUUCAACCGGCGCCGCAGUUCUAUCAGAUGCCGCCGGCACAAGCACCAGUUCAGUUCCAGCCAGAACCAACAGUCCAGAAACAUGCCGCAACGACCGAAGAAAGAACUGUUUUCAGAUAAAGAGGACACCGUUCAGUACGGUAGGUAGUAAUUCCCAACGCUCUUACGUAAACAUAAUGUACUCAACUACUUCUUAUUUCCAUUCUUCCACUUCGAGGCUUGUUUUCAGUCUCGUGCACGGCCUGCUACUCUUGUUUGGCAAAAUCCACACGGUGUCCACCCAUUCUGGAGGAGCCGAGGUUCGCCUUCGCUCGUCUUCACCCUCUUCAUUCCUGGGACGUCUACCGAGCUAGCACCCUGUCUGGUUGAACUUCAAGAUGUCCGUGGCAUUCGAGCCAAGAGCGAUCGCUAGCUCAAUCCAUUUCUGACUUCCUGUUAUAAUCUUUCGCUAAGACAGUGGAAGGAGAACUCACGUCGAGCUUUGCCGGAGCAGGAUGAUGCUCGCGACUGAGAGCAUACAGUGUCGUCCAAUUCUGAGUCUGUACAAUUGCGUGACCGUUGCGGUACUCUACCGAUCUAGUC